AUGGGAAGAGUGAAGCUUCAAAUCAAAAAGAUUGAAAACACAACUAAUAGGCAGGUCACUUUCUCAAAAAGGAGAAAUGGGCUAAUUAAGAAAGCUUAUGAACUUUCUGUUCUCUGUGAUGUUGAUGUAGCUCUCAUCAUGUUUUCCCCUUCUGGAAGGUAUCUCCAAAGAGCUCUUGGUAAGUUGAAAGGUGAAGCUGAUCGAACAUAUCAGGCAGUGAGCAGCCCAGCUAUUGUUGAUUCUCAACUUGAGGAAAUCCAACAAGAAAUCUUGAGAUGCAAAACUCAAUUGGAGGAUAAGGAAAAACGACUAAGGGUAUUUGAAGGUGAUCCUUCUGAAAUCACAACGUUGUGUGAGGCGGAAUUCCGGGAGCAAAUCCUUGAGGAGACUCUAAAAAAUGUCCGUCUACGCAAGAAUGUUUUGGAGGAGAAGUAUAAUUCACCAGACACGCAACCAACUUCACAGGAUAAGAUUUUGGUAUCAAAAGGUGUAUUUACGAGUAAACGUGUUGCUAAGAAGGAACAGAAGUUAAAGGUAAAUCUGCCUUCAGAAACAGUAAACAUUGAUGGUUUCAGCGCGAGCAAUGCAAACGAUAUCUUGGGAUGGCUUCCACAAAGAGAUCCACAAGCCCAGAUCCUAAAUUUUUUGGAUUCCAAUGGUCUUCUGCCCCAGAGAGAUCAAACCCAAAGCUUAGAAAACAUCUUGCCAUCUCAAUUGACUCUCCUUCAAGGACCAAACAUGCGUCUUGAAGAUCAGCAUACGUGUCCAGGCAGUGGCAUGGAGGAAGAUAACAACAUGCAGCAACCUGAAUUUGGACAAGUUCUGGACGUCAACCUUUCACCUUGGACAGGAUAUUAUCCCACAGGGAAUGCCUCCUUUCUAGCUGCACAGCCCAGAGAACGAGCUCUUCUUGAACUGUUUUUGUCUCAGUUCACUCCAUGA